AACUAUACUUGAAUAAAAAAGGCCGGCCAGAGCUAGGAGAAAUAUAUAAGAGCAAGCACCAUCCCUCCCCACACCCUCAACCAUCCCAAGUCCAAAACAAAGCCUUCGCCCGCUCAAGUCUCGUCCCUCUCGCCACCACCAACUCUUUGAUUGCAUGGCUUGCUUGGGCCUUAAGAACCAACUCCUUCCCUCCAAGAAGGUGUGGAACAGCUUCACCUCCAAAUUUCAAUCCAAACUAUCGAAACUCAAGCGGGCCAAGGCCCUCAAACAUGCAAAGGCGCGCCUCAACACCAUCCUUCACUCCCCAAGUUCGUCCUCUUACCACCGUCGACGCAAGAAACGCCGCACUCGGCGACUGCACCAACAUCGGCACUUCGCACCGGUCUUCGUUGAUGAGCUCUACAACCAGCCCACGCCGGUGCACGUCGAGUGCGUGGAGCCAUAUUUGGAGAAAAGUGCAACGAGAGAUCAGCUUCGGGUUACGUUUGGAGCUGCUGCUGUUCCUGCUUCUUCUUCUUCUUCUUCUUCUUGUGGGCCUUCUUCGAGUCUGGUGGGAGGGAUGGGAGAGGUGGACUUGAGAGCAGAGAUGUUUAUAAGGAAGUUCAGAGAGGAGAUGAGGCUUCAGAGACAGCGGUCGUUUGGGGAGUAUCAGGAGAUGCUGGCGCGAGGAGUAUAAGCCCCUGCGCGAGCCUUGGGUUCAUGGGUCUCUAUAGGUUCAUGGGUUCUAUUGUUUAUUCGAGUCUUCUUCUAAUCUUUCAGUUUUCUUCUUUCGUGUAUAUAUGGUGGCUCUGAACAAUGAUUGUGUAUGUGGAAUUUAUAUGGUCUGAAAAUUGGUAGUGGCAACUGGAAACAACAGAAAUUAAUACAUUUCUCAAUCUAUAGUAUUUUAAUUUUUUCC